AUGACAACUGCAACCACAUUCGCUCCCGGCUCAUUGGAAGCAGGGUGUCCUGGCGGACUCGACUGGGCUUGGUAUGGUUUGGGAGAGUGCAUUCGUAGCACUCGUGACAAGGUUUCCGUCGCCUUCGGUGUACUGAGCAUUGUCGCCUGGUUCAUGUUUGGAUUUCCUCAAAUGGUAACCAACUGUAUCAAAAAAAUUCCCGACGAGGCUGUCUCGCCUUGGCUUCUAUUCUUUUGGCUUGUCGGCGACAGUCUUAACUUUAUUGGUGCAUUCCUGACAAAUCAACUGUUCCUUCAAGUAAGUUUCCUGUUCAACACUUGGCUUCCACUAUACAUUUCAGAAAUAGGAAUGCUUUUCUUGCCUUUAAACCAGACGCCUUGUUGAUAAAAAAAAAUUAGUCACUACGGUAAAAUGCAGACUCAACGCCCACUUGUACCGCGGCAAUGAAGUAAUAACAUGUACUUACUCCUAUAAAACGACAAAAAAUUCGACGUUUCCACUUUUAGAAAGUCCUCGCCGGCUACACCGUCGUGGUGGAUUUGCUUCUUAUUGGCCAAUACAUAUACUACUACUGCCUCCAUAAGCAUAAAGUCAAAAGUGAGUUUUCCUUGCUUGCAAGCAAUGCCUCUCUGAUAAAUGAAAGUGUACUGAACUUAUAACUCUUCAAAACCACCCGACCAAACCUGACUGACUACCAGACAGACAGCAGUUAUUCCUUAUAGACAUUGUCACUACGUUAGGUGGAUUCAAUUUUGUGACAUCGGUUUCCAACGUGAGAAGGUCGAGACCCUAUCUAAGCUUGCUCAACAGUUACCACACCAACCUUUCUUUCAUUUUAACGAAAACAGAAUACGGCGCAGACUACAACGUCAAAAAGGAUGAUGAACAGAGUUUCCAGAACAGUGACUCGAUAGGUACCGCUCCUAAAAAGGCCUCGAAGACUCUGGCUACCGCUCUGUUGGGCGUCGUCGGUGUCUCCUACUUCUGCGUGCCCGCAUUAAUAAAUGGUCAAGGAAAACCGUCCCACAUGGGCUCAAUGCAUCUGCAGGGGCGCCAACUGCUUCAGGCCGCAAACGAUGGCUCCCUCACUACCACCACGCCAGACCCAUUCGCCGGGUUUCUUUCCGUAAGCUUUGACUACCAAUUAUGCCUCACCUUGUGCAUAUACACAAAACUACAGUAGAUGGGCUAACUCAUUAAAUGUCAACAGAAGUUCCGAAAUGUGUUUUCGCUUCGAAAAUAUUAAAUAAGUAGGGUUAUAAAACUAAUCAGCCUGCAGCACAGUUCUAUAAUAAUUCAGUUACGUCGGGAUGCCGGCUUUCGAAAGAAUUUCUUUUCUUAGGGUAAGGUGAUACCAUACUAACAGCACAGGUACCAGCCAAAAGCCCAUACACGCGUGUUUCGCCGAUAUUCUGCCGCUGCAUGGCGCAGCUGCGAGGGGUUCGGCUCGUCAGUGGGUCCCCCAGCAUUCCUCGUGUGUUUUCUGGUUAGAAACUCUAAUUUAGAAACUGCCGCUUUUUAAUUUCCUCAGAAACUAUGUACAAACCGAGACUUUCAUAGUACUAGCUGCCUGUCGGCAGUUAUGAAUAUUACGCGGUCACCCGCUAUGGCUGAUGGACUUUGACCCAAAUAUAAAUGUAUAAAAUUCUCGGUCUGUGCCUAUAGGCCUUGAAUAAACUGAUGUACUUCGAAUUCGGAGAUAAUUUCUGAGGAAAGUAAAAAGAGAGAAGGACUUCUUCCGGGCUGCAGGCAAGAACUAUACUCUGUAAAAAUGACCACUUAAGUAGCAUGAGAUUUUCUCAUUGAUUUUCCAUGCCCCUAUAAGUCCAGUUAUAUUUCAUGGAAAACCUGCAUAAAAAUAUUCAUUCUUUCGCUUAUCCCGUAGAAACUUGUGCCUUCUUCCAAUCUCAUUCUUGAAGGAAGGAUAUAAUUCACUUUUUAAAAACUUUCCCAAUUCCCAUGUAGUUUUUAGCUCGCACUACCGUUACCUUUGGAUUCAGGGUUUGCGAACUACAAGCCUUAUAUAUUCCGCGUACGGAAAACCACGCAUUAAGAAGAGACCAUAUAGGGUUCAUAAAAUAUAGCAGUAGAUUUGAGCCAUAUUGUUGACUUUGCAAACAAUAUUGGUAAAUGCAGAGACAUGGCGUUUUAUGAACGGCCAUUUCACGGUAUUUAAAUGUUCCACACUUAGAAACUUUUUUAACCCUAAUUAUGUCCCCCCUUCGAGUAUAAAAUUAACAAACGUAAUUUUCUACCGAAUGAGUAGAAGAAUGACUAUUUGAAUGCAGGUUUUCGCGAAAAUAGAAUUGGACGUUUAAGGGCAUCGAAUGAGAAAAAUUCAUUUUACUGAAGGACUCAUUUUUAACGGAGUGUAGGUCUUUCAUCCAGUCAGAAAGGAGUUCGUUCGGAAGCCGGCAUCCCGGAAUUAUUAUAGAAUUUUGCUGCAGGCUGAUUAGAUUUACAGUCUUACUUAAUUAAUCUUUUCGAAACGAAAACACAUUUCGGAACUUCGGUUGACAUUUCAUGAUUCAGCCCACCUUCUAUAUGUCAAGAGGAGGUCCACUGUUACGAAAUCCAGUCAAGUGGUUUUAAGUUAAGAUGAUUUUUCGUUAUUACGUUUUCGAGAAGGAUCAUUUUCUAUCCUCUUUUCAGUGCAUUUUAUUGGUUACGUACCGUUUGUCCCCUGGUUUAACCUCUCCCAAUUUCUUUCGCAUGUUUUAAAUACUGUUUCCUUGUUUGUGCUAGACUACCGAGGAGAAAAUCGGUUACGCCAUUGGCUGGAUUGGCGCUGUCAUGUACUUUUGCUCCCGGAUACCACAAAUUGUCCAAAACGUAAGUAUAUAUUUUGUGUCGGUAUUUAUAUAAUGCGUACGCGCAUAAGAACGGCUACUUCCUGAGACGCUGACCUUCUACUAAGAGAAGCCCUUUUCUCUACAGUUCAAACGGAAAUCGACGGAGGGUCUCAGCCUCUACCUUUUCCUUCUGGCUAUUUUUGGAAACGUAUUCUACGGUCUUCAGAUCUUUGUUAAGUCAAUCGAUGCUGCUUUCGUUGUGAGGUCGCUUCCCUGGAUCCUCGGAAGCUUGGGCAUUCUGAUAUUCGAUUUCAUUGUAAGUCGAGUCUUUUGUCAUUUGCAGUUUCCGACUCCUUCCAUGCAUAAAACUGCUGACAUUCUGAUAAAUUUAAAAUGCUUGAUGUAAUCGUACAGAAGCAAGAGCUCGCUGAUUAAUUAUUUGUUUUCCUACACUGCAGAUCAUGGGUCAGUUUGUUGCAUACCGCCAUAACACAGCAAAUGCAGCCCUCGUAGACGAAGGUGACGAAGUCAAGAGCGGGGAUGAAUAUUACUCCAUAAUGUGA